UAUCACCAAAAAAAAGGAAAAAUCAGUUUGACAAACAAAAAUAAAAUACAAAUAUGUCAAAUUUUACUUUUUGUCGCCUGUUGGUAAUAUUAAAGUGGUGGUAAAAAAUCAUAACGCAUGUCAUAUCAUUCGAAUUAUGAGAAUAUAAACUUCUUCUUUGAAGUCGUCUCACCGAAUCAUAUUUUUUAUGUUUUCCAUUUGAGAAUAUAAACAAAAGAGCGGGAACAAAACAAAUUGCCGUUGAGGCAACUCUCCCAGAAAUGGAGCGAACUCAACGGUUGAUCUUCGAAUGAACAAACACUUGUUCAUUGAACCUGGAAAAUAAUCUUGAUUUUGUUUUUCUAAAUUUGGAAUCAAAUGGAGAGAUACACCAGAGUAAAAAUUAUGCCUCAACAAUCCAAAAAUAGAAACAUUGAUUUUCAGGGGAGUAUUGGAAAAUUCAUCAUUUUCCCAAUUUUGUUCUUCCUGAAUCAUCUCUUCCUAUGGUGUUUUCCAUUUUCUUCUUUUUCUUAUAAUUCAUUUAUUUUAAUUAAUGAAUUUGUAUGUUUUCCUUUGAUCCUAUCACUCCUUUUUGGAUAUUGGGUUUUCGGAAAUGUUCCCUAAUUUUCUAGGGUUAGGGUUCAUCUUUCUUGUGCUCAUAACCUUAGUGCACUCCAAAACUGAUUCUAAAGAUGUCAUUGCCCUUAAUGUUAUGUUUACAAGCUUGAAAUCUCCUAAAAAGUUGAAGUAUUGGGAAGCAAGUGGUGGUGAUCCUUGUGGUGAUGGAUGGAAAGGAAUUGAUUGUUCAGGAUCUUCCGUCACUGAAAUAAAUUUAUCAGGCUUAGGACUAUCAGGAUCACUAGGUUAUCAGUUAUCAAGCCUUUCAUCAGUUACAUACCUGGACGUGAGCGAUAACAAACUCAACGGUGAUAUACCUUAUCAACUUCCUCCUAAGUUAAAACACCUGGAUUUGUCCAAAAAUGGAUUUAGUGGCACUAUUCCAUACUCUAUUUCGCAGAUAAAGACCCUCAAGGACAUUGAUCUAAGUCAUAAUCAGUUGAAUGGUCAGAUAACCGACAUGUUUAGUUCACUUUCAAACCUUGAUUACAUGGAUCUUUCAUUCAACAAAUUAUCAGGAAGUUUGCCUCAGAGUUUUGGAUCUCUUUCAAGCCUCUCCAAUUUGUAUGUUCAGAACAAUCAACUCAGUGGCCAGAUAAAUGUGCUUGCCAAACUCAAACUUGAUGAACUCAAUUUGGCAAAUAACAAGUUUAGUGGGUGGAUUCCUAAUGAGUUGACAAAAGUGAAAAAGAUAGACAUUGAAGGAAAUCCUUGGUCUACUGGGGCACCUCCUCCUGGAAUGACUUGGGCAAAAGAUGUUAAGUCUACACAUAUGGGUAAUAAAGGAGGAUUGAGUGGAGCUAUGAUUGCUUCAAUUAUAAUGGGGGUGUUGCUGGUACUUGCAAUCGUGUUGGCGAUUAUGUCGAAGAAAAGAUCCUCUUUCUCCUCAAAUUUGGUUGAAGAACCGGAAACUCCUGGUCGUCGCAAAUCUUUCAGUUACAUUGGCUCUAAUCCAUUGUCAACUGAGCUGGGUGCAGAUAAACACAAAAGUUACAUAGAUCGACAAUCGAUGGAUUCAACAAACCCAGACUAUGAAGCACUACAAUCGUCUGGUCCAAUUGGUCUUAAGCCUUCACUAUCAUCUCGUCUCAAGACGUUUAGGAGUAAAGAGCCGGGAAAUAAUGCAUCUUCUCAGAGAAGGGUGUGCUUUGAGAUUAAUGCUUAUACAUUAUCCGAGUUGCAGAUUGCUACUAAUAAUUUCGCAUCUAAUCGAUUACUCGGAGAAGGAUCUAUUGGACGCGUUUACAAGGCUAAACCUCCUGAUAGCAAGGUAUUAGCUGUGAAAAAAAUAAGUUCCUCAUUCUUUCAAGAUGGCAAAAGUGACAAGUUUUCAGAGAUUAUUUCGAGUAUCUCCAAAAUUUACCAUCCAAAUGUUGCCGAGCUUGUUGGACAUUGCUCAGAGCAGGGCCAUAACAUGCUGGUGUACGAGUAUUUUAGAAAUGGUUCGAUUUAUGAGUACCUUCACUUGUCUGAUGACUUUAGCAAGCCCCUUACAUGGAAUACUAGAGUGAGGAUUACUCUUGGAACUGCACGCGCUGUUGAGUUCCUGCACGAGAACUGUUCGCUGGUUCAUCGAAGUAUCAAGUCAUCCAAUAUUCUACUUGAUAUGGAGUUGAACCCUCGUCUAACAGAGUGCGGAUUGGCAACUUUUUAUCAGGAAGCAAGUGAAAACCGUGGAAGUGGGUGGUGUGCUCCAGAAUGCAUAAAUGGUGCAACUUACACAUUGAAAAGUGACAUGUAUAGCUUUGGAGUCGUCAUGCUCGAAAUAUUGACUGGUCGCAUGCCUUUUGAUAGUACUAAGCCGAAAGAAGAGCAGUAUCUUGUACAAUGGGCAGUGCCACAGCUCCAUGAUAUCGAUGCUCUUGAGAAAAUGGCUGAUCCUUCACUACGUGGACUCUACCCUCCCAAGCAAAUUUCUCAGUUUGCUGAUAUCAUUGCGCUUUGUUUGCAGAUGGAGCCAGAUUUUCGGCCAAGUAUGUCAGAUGUGGUGCAAUCAUUACUCCAGUUACUUCAACGCCCCAGCGCAAGCAGACAACAGAUAGAUGAUUAUGAUUACUAAUGUAAUAUUGUUUCUCCAAUUUAACAUCAUAGAAGAUAUAUAGAUGUUGACUGUACAAAAUGUGCUUCUUCCAAGAUUUGUUCUCUUAUCUGAGCCUUCUUUUUUUUCCAGAUGAUUAUGUAUAUUUAGUUAUGAAAUUAUAUUUUUGAUCUUUUUUCUCAUAUUUACAUCAUCUGUCGUUCAUCAAUCAUAUGGGAUACAUAUUGAGUAAGCGGUUCAAUCUUCGUUUAGGGCAUUUAAGAAUAAUGUA